AUGGAGACGGUCUUGGUUGAUGAAAAUCGUUGCAAGAUACAAGCUAGUGUUAAGAAGCAAUUGAUUAAUAGGUUUAGAGAUGUCAUUGUUGAAGGAGAAGUUCAUAGAAUGGCUUAUUUUGGUGUUGUUCCCAACCAAAGUGGUUAUAGAGCAACAGAGCAUGAGUUCAAGUUGGCUUUCUUGCAUCGUACUACUGUUAUUGGUGUUAAUGAUAAUAUCAUCCCUAGGACUUGUUUCAGUGUUUAUCCUUUUACUGAACUUUUGAAGAUAACUGACGAUCAUCCCUAUUUUGUUGAUGUCAUUGGGCUGCUAACAUCUGUUGGUGAGGAAAAAGAGUAUGCAAGAGAAGGAAAGAUUGUGAAGAUGAUUGUUGUUGAACUUGCUUCUAAAGACUUGACCAUGCGUCGCACUCUUUUUGGAGAGUAUGUUGAUCAGAUGAACCAUUUUCUAGGAUCUGGUUAUGUAGAGCAACCAGUUGUUAUUCUUCAACUUGCUAAGAUUAAAGUGUUCAGAGGUCAAGUUGGGUUACAAAAUGUGAUGCAUGCUACUAAAAUACUUUUUAACCCUGAUAUUCAUGAGGUUUUGGAGUUCAAAAAAAGUAUGAUUGAGCAGGGUAUUCAUGGUACUCAACCGUUAUUUAUUGCCAAUGAGAGUAAGAUUGUCUCAUUAGAAGAUGAUUUCAUGCGUUUAACUAGGAUAUGCACCAUUGAAGAUCUUCAAGAUAACAAUGAGGUCUAUAUUGGGUUUAGGAUUAAAAUAGCAAUAGAGGAUGAAACUGCACAUGGUAUUUUUGUGUUGUUUGAUCGUGAAGCUUCUUAUCUCAUUAAAAGUGAUACUUAUCCUAUUGGGUUUCGUGAGUUAAUUGGGAAGAAGGUUCUGUUAAAGAUUGAUACUAAACCUGUUGGGGUUGACAAAUAUUUUGGAACUUUUCGGGUGAAACGAGUUUGUGAUGAUGCUGCUAUCAUUGUAAUGUUUGAGCUCCCCAAUUAUGAUGCUAAUGAUGAAAUCAGUCUUAAAAAGGAAGACGAGCUGAUAAAACCAGUAAUUGUUGGUAAAGACUCUGCUCAUGUUAAGGAAGAAUCACCUAUUAUGUUUGAAAAGAAGUUACAAACUUGUGGUCAGUGCUCCAAUACUAAAAAUGGAAGCCCAUUGUUGAUAGACUCUAUUGGCGAGAAAGAAGAUGAAGUUAUUGGGUUGGAUGAUAUCUGUGCUGAUGUUGACAUAGUGAAGGCUAAACCAAUAUUAAAACUGAGAAUGGGCCUGAAAUAUAAAAAGGAAACAAUUUUAAGGGAUUGCAAAGCGAACAAGAAUCUGAAUCCAGAAUUUGAGAAGAUAUUAGCUAAGGAAGGUGUUGCUGCUUUUAAUGGUUCAAACAAUGAUGGUGUUUGA